AUGGCCGUGGCGGCACACAUGUUUGGAGGUCACAACUUUCAUCACACGUGGCGUGCAGCUCACCGCUUCUGGUUUCGACGACGGAGGACGUGGCUCCCACAUGGACCCGAGGGCACAGCUUUGCUGGCGGGGCUGAUUGUGGCCGCAUUAGCUGCCCCACAACGCCGAUGGCGGCACCAACCAACUCCACGUAUCAGGCGAAGGCCAGCUGCGGCGCCACUGCAGUACUUGGCUCCACCACAGACACCCGCAGAGCGGCGGGAGGCGGAGGUGCAGGAAGCCUUUUCCAGUCUCCGGCAGCUGAUCCAGGAGGGCGAUGCCACGCUAGCUGCCAUUAAGCUGGAGACCUGGGGCCAAGGUGGCCGUCCCAGUCGCGCCCUUCGGCGGUCGGAGCUACAAAUCCUCCUUGUGGAGGCUGCCCGAACGCGCAAACCUGAACCGGCCCUUCUGCGCGAGAUGGGCAAGGAGCUUUCAAAGCUGGGUGUCCCGUUAGAUUGGUCGUUGGAGCACGACUGCAGCGAGAACUUUGGGCGCUAUGCCCUGGAUGCAGCACUCGAGGCUGCAGUGAAGGAGGCGCGCAGUGAGCGCGCAGCUCUCACACUGCUGUCUAUGGGUCAAGGCAGUGGCUCCGGGGACACGUCGCAGCUGGACGUCAACCCACUCUUCAGAGCGGCUGCAGGGCAAGGAAUGACAGAGCUCCUUAUUCGCUUGGUCAAGGAGUGUGGCGCGGACGUAAAUUCCAAGGACCCUCUCUUUGGUGCCACGGCGCUCGACAGGGCAGCAGAUGCUGGGAAGGAGCGUGCCGCCCUUCGGCUCCUGGAGUUGGGCGCAGACCCUGGCGCUGGCCGAGGGGUAGACUAUCUACUCGCUCGCUUGAGCCCGAAGGUUCGCGCGCAGCUGCCCAGGGCCAGCGCCACUCCACGGGUCGCACCCAAGGGUGAGCUGGACGAGGACGAGUUCGGGGCCGUUCGCGACGCACUCCGCGUGUCAGAAGCCUUUGCUUUGGCAAAGCUCCGUGGCCGGAGGCUCUCUGCUGUCCAGCUCUCCCAGUUAAUGGACGAUUCUGCAAGGAGCGGCUUUCGCCGAAAACUUCUCCGGCUUUGCAUUGACGGCUUGACGGAAGCGGGUGUCGCAGUCGGCUGGGACGAGGACGCACCGCGCAGCGAUGCCAGCUUCGCUGGGGCUCCAUUGGAUGUUGCUUUGCGGACUGCAGUCGAGGUGCGCGAAUGUUUAGACUUUGAUCCAGUGGCAGCAUCCGCACAGCCUUUGAGGCGGUCCGUGCCGGAGCCGGGUGGUGCAAAGGGGCCAAAGACGCCGCGCUGCACCCUGCCGCCACCGGAGCCUUGGAUGGGACGCCUUCUUCCCGAUGCUGCUGAGCCUGGCGCACCCGCCAUCACAGGAGCUUUCUUUGGAGGCUUCGGAGCACUUCUUGGUGUGCUUCGUGGUGCUGCCGUGGCUUUGCUCACUGACAGGUUCCCGGACCUGCCGCGGAGCCGUGCCUUCGCAAUUGGCUUCGCCGCUUCCGCGCCGUGGUAUGUGUCUUUGCUUGGCAUCUCAGGGGUCCUGUCGGUGUACUCCGCCCGUGCCGAGCGUGCUGGACGCCCCGCGCAGCUGGACCUCUCCGAGUCACACCCAGCUUGCGAUCUCGGAUGA